CCCCGAGCUGCAAAGGAGAGACAUACACGCGAGCGAGAGACAGGGUAACCUAUGCCGUGUGUGUAACAAGAGGAAGAAGCACGAUCAAUGUGAGAGAGGUGUGUUGAAGAUCUGCAGAACAAUCGAUCGAAAGCUAUGAAUGACAGAGAUGAUCGACGAGCAGAGGUAAACAGCAGGCACUCAUCAUCGGGUUCAACGCGAACACCCGUUCCUGAUAGCAGCAGCAACAGCAGUGAGCUGACAGAACUUAUCAACAAAAGCACUAGCGGAGAACCGGAGGUCUCAGCUGAAUCAGAUGCGACAGGAACAGGAACAGAUGCAGAAACAAGUACCGCUGUAGAAGUGGAGAUCUGUCCUACAUGCCAUCAAGAGGUGCCGAAGAACAACGACACAUCGGCAUCACCGGCGGCGGCGCCAGCGGCGCCAGCGGUAGCAACAGCAGCAGCAUCGCCAGGUGCUCCCAAGAAACGAAAAGUGAACCACACGGCGAACGAAUGCGAGCCGCGAGCGCCCAAAAGACGGGCAUGCGUGGACAGGAGCAAACCCCGGGCGCGCCUCACUCUAGGACAGAAGCUGGAGAUCCUGGACCUCCUCGAUCAGAAGAAGAUGAGCAGGGUGGAGAUUGCCGCCAUCUACAAGUGCUCGGACCGGACGGUGUCGAGUUGCUCCGUUAACCGUACCAUCCUUGAAGCCGAAGCUGCGUCGUCUACUCGCAAAUUGAAGUCCAAAGGGAGGCGCUCUGCAGGUUUCCCCGAGGUGGACAGACGAGUUCUGUCCCUCAUCAAGGCUUUCGAAAGCAGUCAGAUCCCUGUAGGCCGAACCACGAUCGCGUCCUUUGGGCAUGCCGUCAAGGCUAGCUUGUUGGCCGCAGACGCUACGCCAGCGGAGGACAAGAAAAAGCUUGAGAAGUUCGGCGCCAGCGAGAAAUGGGUGAAGAACUUGGUGUCGCGCAAUGGGCUCGUCAGCAGACCACUGCUGCUCGCAGAUGGCAGCGUGGUUGAUUCCGGGCGCGUUCAAGCAAGAAUGAAAGAAGUUCAGAAGGAGUACAAGCAGUACAACCUAGCGAACAUCAGCUUCUACGAUGGAGGAGUAGUGCCGAAGCGCUCGUAUCUGUCCUGUUCAGAGGCUGAAAACUUGGAGUUGGCGGAAGACAACGACGACAACAAUUUGGAUAUCUGACCAGCGGAAGCAUGUUGCGCGGCUGGGUGACCAAGCGGGUGUUGGUAGUGUGGUGAUGCAGAGUACAGAAUGAUGGUGAUCGCGUUGGUUUUUCCCCAACGCGAGGAUUGGUCGGCGCGACUGCUGUGCCGCACGAAAGUGUAUAUAUGGAAUAUUUCGUCUGUUCAUGGUCAAUUGCGUGUGCCCUGAUGCGGAGCUUGGCUUGAUGGUGUUUGACACUUGAGUUGCACACAGGCUUCCAACGCAACUUGUGGGGUGUGUGGAUAAGAAUAUUCGAGUGGAUGGCGUUAGAGUGGAACAUAAGAGCUUUCCUCGCCUGGCCGUGAUACAACAGAGCGCUGGCGACCUGGUGUUGCACAGCAUAUAUUUCCUGUGUGCCAAGGAGUGAGCGUGUUGUAGAGCUGAGCGUAUGAACUGGAACUGGUUUGGCACGGUGGAAUCAAGUGGUAGGGACAAUGUUUACCCCUGUUCAGGAUUAUGUAGUGCGGUCACAGCAGUUGACUUCAACAGUUACAACGCUCGCUUUGGGCAGCGCAGCGUCUAGGGUGUACCUGUCGUGGGGUACAUCUCAAGAACAUGCUAACCACCAAGUCUCACAACAGCAGUAGGUUAGCUUCCGGGGAAUCGGCCGAGCCCAUUUCGCGGACAAAGACAUUGCGCGAGUCCAGCUUUGGUCGACAAUGGGGUUUCAGAUGUUUAGUCUACAUGUUUUUAAUGUAAGACAACAACAAGAAC